AGGAAGAGGAAGCAGCCCGGUGUCAGGCAUCAGCUGACCGCCUCAGCCCUACAGGAAGUCGGUUGGCUAAUUCAACAUGGCUGCUGUCUGCGAAUAGAGGAGGAGUAGUCCAGGCUAUGAAACAGUCCGGUUUCUGACUCGGUUCCGUGUGUUAGCUGCUAUCGACGCUGCUCCGACAUGGCCCAAUGUGUUCAGUCUGUGCAGGAGUUCGUCCAGGACUCGUUUGUUCCCAUGGUGGCCGUCUUGUGUAGUGAAGAGGCGGAGAGAGUGACUCGCAAGAACAACCUGAGUUUCGCUGAGCUGCUGCGGCCUUUCUGCAGACUAACGUCCGAAGGUCAUAUCCGGGACCCCAAUAACCAGGUCCAGGUUGUGAAAAAUCUGCGAAUCUGUGUGAACAACGUGGUGACAAACCUAAACUCCCCGUCUACCUUCAGCCCCGCCCAGCGCCGUAUGCUCAAUGAAGUGGUGUUAUCCUGCCAGCCACAAGAGGGCGCUGCCACUAACGUGAUCACUGCGGGAGACUACGACCUCAACUUCAGUGGUAAGACAAAGCUGGUAUUAUAG